ACAACUACAGGUUUUUUUCAUUUCAAAUCAUUCAUAAUCAUAGAAGCAUAAUGACGAUUUCGAUCAGUGAAUUUUAUAAUAAUCGUUCCGUUUUAAUUACCGGUGGUAGUGGUUUUAUUGGUAAAGUUUUGAUUGAAAAAUUACUUCGUUCCUGUCCAAAUAUUGGCCAUAUUUAUUUGUUGAUUCGACCAACAAAUCAAAAUGGACAACAAUUCGAUUCCGAACAACGAUUAAAACAACAAAUAUUGGAAUCAAAAUUGUUUAAUUUGCCUACUUCAAAAGAUAUAGAUUUUAGUAAACUUGUUGCCCUAUCGGGUGAUAUGACAAUGCCGAAUUUAGGUCUUUCCGAACAGGAUCGUCAAAAACUCAUUGAAAAUGUAUCCAUCAUAUUUCAUUUAGCUGCGACAGUUUCUUUUAAAGGACCAAUGAAACAUUUUGUUCAACAAAAUGUUUUUGGCACCGAAUCAAUUUUGCAAUUGGGACGUGAAUUAAAACAACUUCAGGUUAUAGUCUACGUCUCGACCGCAUAUUCCAAUUGUGACCGAUCAGUUAUUGAAGAAAAGGUGUAUUCAUUGAAACAAGAUGUUAACAAAAUAAUCGAUCAAAUCAUUGAAAAAGAUGAUGAUAAAAACGCAAUCAAAGGUGAUCCAAUACUUUAUGGUAGACCGAAUCCAUAUACGGCCUCCAAAGCAAUGACUGAAUGUUUGAUAGAGAAAAAAUAUUCUGAUCUGCCGGUUAUAAUUUGCAGACCAUCAAUAGUAUCUUAUGCAUAUAAUGAACCAACAAAAGGCUGGUGUGAUAGUCUUAAUGGAAUUUCUGGACUGUUGCUAUUGGGAAGUUUAGGCAUUGCUCAAACAGCUUCCGUGGAUUAUGAUAAAUUGACCGAUUUAAUUCCAGUGGAUUUUGUUGCAAAUUCAUUGAUUGUAAUUGGAUAUCAUUCAAGAAUGCCAUCCGAAGAACAAAAAAUUGUUAUAAACAUUACUUCGGGAGCAAAAAAUCCAGUUACCUGGAAAAAGAUAAUUUACUCGGUAUUCGAUAACGCGUCUUCGGUGCCAUCAGUUAGAAUGUUACGACCAACGUAUAAGCAAAGAUUCAAUUUAACUAAUUUUAUCGGUAGAAUAAACCAUUAUUUUCGACUUUUCUUUUUUCAUUUUCUAUUCGCCUAUAUUUUUGAUUUUCUGCUAAUCGUCAUCGGUCAGAAGCGAUAUAUGGUUAAAACAAUGAAACGAAUCCAAAAAUAUUGUGAUGUUUACCAUCAUUUUCUCAAUAAUGAAUGGCUAUUUAAAAAUAAUCAUUAUGAUCAAAUAUAUCGAACAUUAUCGAUUGAAGAUCAAUUACAAUUUCCAUCGGAUGUAUCGACAAUAGAUUGGAAUGAGUAUUCGAAAUCGAUUUGGAUCGGCACACGACGAUAUCUAUUGAAUGAAGAUGAUUCAACAGUUAGACAAGCAAUUCAUCGACAACGAAAAAUCAACAUCAUUUUUAGAUUGAUUCAUUUUUUCGUUUACUUAUUUAUGAUGAUCAUACCUUGCAUGUUUGCCAUUAUAUUUCCAAUCAGAAUGAUACUAGCAAAUUAUUUCUGAACAAAAAAUAUUCAUUGUGAUUAUG